AUGCAGAAACCUCUCAGCAUCCCAGACUUGCUCUUAGAGUUCCACGAUGCUGAUGGUAGAUGUUUACAGCUGUGGAACACAGAGAUAACUUUUUCACAGACAGAAUACAAAGCUCUCACAAAACGACAAUGUGGGGCAAAUCUAAGUAAAGACAUACAAGUUAUAAUGUUACCCUCCAUUUCAGAAAAAGAACAUUAUCACUCACCAUCAGUGUCCUCUGUGGUUUCUCAAAGUAUCGACAAAAAGACCAGGAAUGCAGUAGUCAACUAUUGCAAAUGGCUUCACAAGUGCAACAACCCUGUCUUUGGUAAAGUGACAGGGUUUAAGCACACUUGGAUAUUGCUCACCGUUAUGAUUAAGGUUUGGCUUCACUAUAAUGACGGACAAUUCAACAUACUAGAUGAUAAUCUCACAUAUUUCACAAGUGCACAAUUAAGUCCUGACAUGGACAAAAUCAGAGAUUGCAUGCUGCAACAUUUUGAUGCGGUGUCAGAGGAAGAAGACAAUGAGUUGGAUGAAUCAAAUGAAGAAGAAAAUGAGAUCAAAGAAGAGGAUGAGGAUGAAGACCAAGAAGAGGACAAGUCCAACAUCAUUCAGGAAUUCAAUGAUAGAGCACUUACAUAUGACAGUGUUGACUCUUUCAAAGCCACUCAUGUGUGGACCCUCCCUGAAUUGCCUAUAGACUGGGACAGCAUUUUUUUUCAUCUUCAGAAUGCUAUAAGGCAAACUGGAUACACCUAUUAUGCCACAUGA